AUGAAUUGGUAUGAGUUUAAAAAUGAAAAACCAAAGUUGAUGAUUAACCUAAUGGGCAAGACGAUAGGCCAGUUGAAUUCUUGGUGGUCACGGCUAAUUACCACGGAUCCUGCAGAAUUGGUAGAGUUGGUCGGUUGGAGAAAGGCCAGCAAAUGGGUUCCUAGUUGUAUGGGCAAUUUAAGGAUUUGCCAUAGCGUCCGAUUGGUAUUCGACGGGUUCUUCACCAGUUUUAGCUCUAUUAUUAUUGGCAUAUCUUCGUGCACUUGA